AUGCUCCCAGAGAAGCUUCACAGGAACAAGGUCCUGCUGGAGCUGGAGCCGGCCCCGCACGGCGCCACAGACCUCAGCGGCGACGUCGGGGCGGUCGGGCGCAUCAUCGUGCCAAAGGGCGACGCGGCGGCUGCGGCCGGGACGGCAGGCCCAGCCUCGCAGCAGCAUGCGUCCCAGCAGCAGCAGCACGAGCAGCAGCUCGGGUCCCAGGGGGCGGGCGGCCAGCAGCAGCUGCAGUGCUUCCACCUGGACCUCAAAGGGGUCCUCUACAGCGCCGCGGUGCUGCCACUGGCGGGCACAGCCAUGUUCGUCAACAUUGGGAUCGCAGAGGCCAAGGUCGAGUCGGUGCUGAACGACUACGUGCGGUUGGUGGAGCUGGAAAGCAGCUACCAGGAAGCUGACGGGGCGGCGGCCCUGGGGGAUGACAUUUUGGGCAGCGACGACGAGGGCCAUGUGGCGGCAGCGGCGGAUGAUGAUGGCGGCGGCAAGGUCAAGGGCAAAAGCAAAAGCAAGGCCUCCGGCAAGGGCGCUGCAGCAAAGAGCGGCGGCGGCGGCGUUGUCGCCUCGGGCAGGGGCUUGGGUGGCCUCAAGGCCAGGGGCGGAGUCAAGAAGAAGCCAGGCGCCAAAAAAGGCGUGGCGGCGAAAAAGGGCACCGGUGCCGGCAGGGCCAAGGGCGCGACCGCCGCGAAGGGCAAGGGCACAGCAAAGGCUGGAAAGGCCAGCCCUGCCAAGAAAGCGGCCGGAGGAGCGGCCAAGCCCAGGGCUGCGGCGGCAGCCAAGCAGCAGCAGCCAAAGAAGAAGCGGAAGCAGGGGGCCUCUGAGGAUGAGGCGGCGAGCAGCGACCCCGAGAGCGCCGGAGGCAGUGACGAUGACGAUUGGAUGAGCGAUGGCAGCGGGUAA